GAACGGCGGCGGAGGCGGCGGCGGCGGCGGCUGGUCAGCAGUCACACACACACACACAACGCCGGCGGCCGGCCUCGCCCCCUCGCUGGAGGACUUCGUUCAGGACAGCCAUGGCGUCGUCCAAGCUGCAGCUUCCGGUGGACGACAGCGUCCUCCUGCUCGUCACCCACUCCAAUCUCUCCACCUUCGCCGCAGACAUCCGCGUCUCGCAACAGACCACCGUCGAGGCGCUCAAGGACAAGCUCUGGCGCAAGACCGGCACCGCCGUCGCCUCCAUGCGCCUCCAGCUCCGCGACGACACCGGCGCCAAGAUCGCCGACCUCGAUGACGACGCCGCGCCCCUCGCAGCCUACGGCCCCUACAACGGCUACCGGAUCCAUGUCCUCGAUCUCGAUCCUUCCUCACUCACCUCUGGUGGCUGGUUGGAAGACACCUCCCUUGUUGACAAGUACAAAAUGUCCGAUGAAGCAUACGACAAGCUCCACACUAACUUUCGAAAAUUUAAAGAAAAGAUGGCCCCGAAGAACUCUACAUCAGAGGAUAAAGAACAAUCCGAAAAGCACAUGGAGGAAUUGUGCUCCAAAAUCAAGGUGGGAGAUAGAUGUGAAGUUGAGCCAGGUGCCAAGAGGGGCACUGUAAAAUUUGUUGGCAGAGCUGAAGCUCUUGGACGUGGAUUCUGGGUUGGAGUGCAAUAUGAUGAGCCACUUGGAAAGCAUGAUGGCAUGGUGAAAGGCAUUCGCUUCUUUGAGUGCCCUCAAGGUCACGGGGCAAUUGUGAGGCCAGAGAAAGUAAAGGUCGGCAACUACCCGGAGAGAGACCCAUUCGAAGAAGAGGAGAUAUAGGCAAGCAAGGUGUGGCGCAUUUGUUUAGUAAUUUUCAAUGGGAGGGAUGUCGUUGCGGAGUUGUAUUUGAAACGCGUGUGAAAUUGCUGUUACGAUCUUCUUGGUCAGUCAGACUCGGUUGCUCAAGUGCUGUAGUAAGUUGGUCGUUGCACUAUCUUGUCUUGGGUUUAGCCGCGGAGGACAGCUCUGCCAACGGGGUGGUUAAAUCCUGGACUCCUUGUGGGUGGGUGCUCACUGAAUGUUUUACAUACGCUUUCAGUUGCCAUGCUUAUGUCCUCUGCUCUCUA